AUAUGGAGAGGGUGUUUGCUCAGAGGGAAAGACUGAGCAAGAGCUUGAAAGAAGAGAGGGUGACAAAGGAAAAAAAAUGAAUCUUAAGGUUUUUAUCAACAGAAGACGUGCAGUCAAAGGAUAAAAAUAUUCUAAAGCGACGGGAAGCUGAGGAUUAAGAAUGUAAGAGGACUUUUCUGGACAAAGAAGUAUUUUCCUUUUGAAACAAUAGUAGUCAGGAAGGGGUACAUGAAGAAGAAAACAGAGAGGAGGGCGAAGAAGGAAGUAGUUUUUACGCAAUGGAGGUGUAGCUGAGCCCCUCACAAGAAUGCUCCUGGCUUCCCCUGCCAUCUGGAAUGUCAAGUCACUUCCUCUGUCUGUCCUACCCUAUAACAGGAUUUUCCUCUGUGUCUGUGCUCCCUCCCCUGCUCUGACAGCAGUCUGAAGAAGACCACACCAGUUUGCAUUGGACUCUUCUGACUGCAACUCAAAAACAUUAGGUUUGAAAGUAAGACUCCUGCAGGAGCCCACAUCCUUUUAUGCUCACUCUUAAUGGAAUAAGGAUUUGGAAAAAAAAGCAAAGACGGCUGCAGUCAUCAGCUGAACUUAUAGGGAGGGUGUUCCUUUUCCCUUAUAUGGCAGCAGAGCAGGGAAGUUAUUUGAAUUAGUCUGGUUUCUGUUGCAUGUCUGUCUGGUUUUAAUGCUGACUGAUUUCCAUCUGCUAUGCCUGUGCAUAUGUGAGUGUGUGUGUGGUAAGCAUGUGUUCACUUCAGAUUGUUUGUUUUCCUAUUUUUGGUUCAUCUUUUCCUGUUGUUUGAAUAUAGAGGUUUUGUUUUGGGAUAAGAAGGAGGGUUUGUGUUUGUGGUUUAGCCUGAGGAAGAGUCGUCGCCUUAGGACUGGCUGCUUCAUUCAGACUCUGCUGUUUUUUUCUCUACCACUUUCUCCUCUCGCGCUUGCUCAGCUGUGAUGGUCUGUGUUUGUUGGAUCAACACGCACACUUUCACAGGGUGGAGACGCUAACAACCUAAAUCAGAAACUGGGGCUUUAUUGAGAAAGAUAUGACCAGAAUGGAGGAUUUUGCUGAGAAGUAGAGGGCGUGUUGGAGUGGACUAACCUGGUGGCAUUUCUUUUCACAUCUGCUUGCUUUAAAGCAAUGUGAUGGGUUACCCUGGCGCAACGAGGAAGGACCCAGGAAGUGCCACAAUCAUGGGAAGGCUUUAAAUACUCAAGCAGACCACAGUGGUUUUCUGAUGCCACUGACUUGCAAGAGAGACCUCCGGAGCUAUGAAAUGACUGCAAGCCUAAGACUUUAAACCUGUGCUGGACAUGGACCCUCUGCAGAGUUAAUAACCUCAUGUGGAUUAUUCUCGUGAGCGUUGUCCUCCUCAUUGACUGCCAUGGCUUCGGCAUCAUGGUACCAUUGUGACAUCAGCCGUGUGAGAGCGGAGGACUUGCUGGCACGGGCAGGAAGGGAUGGCAGCUACCUGGUGAGAGACAGUGAGUCAGUGCCAGGAGCAUAUGCAUUGUGCCUGCUGUUUCAACGCCAUGUUCACACAUACCGUAUUCUUCCUGACCCAGAUGGUCUCCUGGCAGUUCAGACAACACAGGGUGUGCAGGUGAACUGUUUUCGCACACUGGAGGACUUGGUGUUGGGAUACCAGCAACCCCACAAAGGCCUGGUCACCCCUCUUCUCUACCCUGUGUCCCAUGACACAGACUCAGGGGAUGAAAGCUCAGACGAUGAGAAGCCAGCGCCUAUCCCAGCUCCUGUCAACACAGUGUCAUUCAUGGGAUCGCCACCAAAAGCAGCCCCUCAUACCUUAUUCCUGGAGAAGCUGCAAGAGCUGAACACAUCAAAUAUUGCAGGUGAAGUGAUUGGCCUGCUCAAUGACUACCUCUUCAGUGAGCUGCCUCUGGACAUCGAGAAUGUGCAUAAAGGGGCUACAACUUUAUAUCGCCUCAAGCGCACUUUGGCUACAGCCUGCCAAGGCCUCAACAGUGAGAUAGAUCUGACACUUUCCAGUCUGGAAACCUUGGCCAAAGUCUUUGACCAUCCCAGCUGCUCUAUAAAUCCUGUCAAGGCACAGGGUCCAGAGAAGGAGAUUGAAAGCUUGUUGUGCAAAAUCUCAGCUCUGAUCAGCCUCCUUUCUUCGUUGGAGAAAAAGGUUUUACAAGCAUUACAAGAUGCUGUGACAAAUCACAACCUGGCAAUGCAGCCCAGCCCACCACCUCCUGAUUCAGCACCCAACACUGCAGCUCCUGCAAAGAGCAACACCAGACAGCUGCCUGUCCACUCCUUUCAGGUGAAGAUGGUGAGGUACGGUAGACAAACUGUUUCUGUGGAUGUUGACACAGGAAUCCUGUUAUUUGACAAGAAGGUGGGCUCAUUUGGCAUCGAGAGAGUCUCUCAUAACAGAAUUCUUCAGAUUGUCAAGUUCCAAAACUACCCAGCCAAGAUCCGUAUGGUUGUUGACAGCUACCUCAGCACACCGCGGGAGAUGACAUUUGAGAGCGCUCGAAAAUGUGACUCGUUCUGCCAACUCUUCCUGCUGAUGAAGUCCAGGCACUCUCAGCUGGAGCAACCUGAUGUGGUCUCUGUGUUUGUUGGCACCUGGAAUAUGGGUGGUUCUCCUCCUCCUCGAAGCCUGCAGUCAUGGGUGACCUGCUGUGGUUUGGGACACACCCCUGAUGAGUCCACCGCUUUUAUUCCACAUGACAUCUAUGCCUUAGGGACUCAGGAAAACCCUCAGGGGGAGAAAGAGUGGACAGAGCAUAUCAAAGCAACUCUACGCAGCUACACUCAAAUCGACUUCAAACUAGUGGCAGUGCAGUCCCUCUGCAAUAUGAGGUUGGCGGUCUUUGUAAAGCCUGAGCAUGAGAGUCGCAUUACUCAUGUGAGCACAGCCAGUGUGAAAACCGGUCUUGGAAACACCCUAGGAAACAAGGGAGGAGUGGGAGUCUCCUUCUUCUUUAAUGGAACAUCUUUUGGGUUUGUUAACUCCCACCUCACCUCUGGAAGUGACAAAGUUCUAAGGAGGAAUCAGAACUUUGUGGACAUCCUCAGACUGCUCUCCCUGGGUGAUAAACAGCUCUCUGCCUUUGAUAUAAGCCUGAGGUUCACCCAUCUCUUCUGGUGUGGAGAUCUCAACUACAGACUUGAUCUAGAUGUACAGGACAUCCUGAAACAUGUUUCCAAAAGAGAAUUUGAAGAACUCAUGUUUGCAGACCAGCUGACUCGAGAAAGACAAAAAAGGAAGGCCUUUUUCAAUUUCAAGGAGGAGAAGAUUGCAUUUCCACCCACCUAUCGAUAUGAGAGAGGCUCCAGAGACUGCUACCUUUGGCAGAAGUACAAGACAUCAGGAGUGAGAGUUAAUGUUCCAUCAUGGUGUGACCGGAUUCUGUGGAAGUCCUACCCAGAAACGCACAUCAUCUGCACAGCAUAUGGUUGCACUGAUGACAUAUUUACAAGUGAUCAUUCGCCUGUUUUUGCUACUUUCCAAGUGGGAGUGACAUCUCAGUGCUGCAACAAAUCAGAUGUGAAUUCCAGUGUGGAAAGGGCCUGGAUUGAGCUGGAGGAAAUUGACACCAUAGUGAAGACGGCAAGCAAGGCAAAGUUCUUCAUCGAGUUUCACUCCUCCUGCCUUGAAGAGACGCAACGCUCCAGUGAAAAUAAUUUGCAAAGCUGUAACAUUCCGGGGUUUCUCAAACUGGGCUGGACCAGCAAACAGCUUCCGAAGCUCAUUCCAGUCUUGUCUGAUCUGGAGUACCUCCAGGAUCAGCACUUGCUGUUAUCUGUGAAGUCAUGCGAUGGAUUUGAAUCAUACGGCGAAUGCUGUGUGGCUCUACAGACAGUGAUGGGUGCAUCACAGAAAUUUGAGACUUUUUUGAGUCAUCGGGGCGAGGAGAUGGGCUCCAUCCGAGGACGGGUCAGAGUUCAUGUGCCCAAGGACAGGCGAGCAAUCCGAAAGAAGAUUUAUGACUUGCUCUGUCUUGAGAAAAAUGAUAAAGGUCCCGGAAGGGGAAAUGUGUCCCUUGCAGUAACACGGAUCCCAGUAACGAGGCCAUUGGAAGUUCCUGUUAAAACUGCAGCAAACAGCUACACCAACCCUGCCUACUACAUUUUUGAAGGCGUAUCAGUAACACAACGAGUGGAGAAGCCUCCUCCCCAGCAAAGGGACCCUCAGAUGAUUUGGUCUGGAAAUGAGGCCCUGCAGCUUCCAAAAGUCUCAGGGCGACAAGGGUUUGACAGGACACCUUGUCGCAGAUCAGACUUUACAGAGAUUGAAAUUCCAGCCAACCUUACCCAGUGCAAUCUAACAAAAGACCUCCACCCGUCCCAAAGCAUUUCAUCCUAUCAGCUCUUCCCAGCCCAAAGCCCAUCAAUGCCCCCUCCUUCAAAAGAUCCCAUUCCUCAGUUCCAGCAACAAACUUCUCAAAGCAGAGAAAAAUACCAGGAUCAACAAAAUGUUGAGGAGGAAUCCAUGCAGUCUAAAAGCAACGUGUAUAUCAAUCGCACAGACAUUCUAAAGAAAAAUGACAGGAGCGAAAAACACAGUUUUGUUCCAGUGAGAACGAAUGCUAUCAAUGCAAAGUCCCCAUCACUCCUGCCAUAUAUCCCUGCUCCCUUGGACCAUAGGCAGCACUCUGUUUCCUGGAUCAUUGAUAAGCCGCCCUCAGCAGGGGACAACUCCCUCACUGCUUUGCAAAUUGCCAAGUCCCUCAGUGAGGUUGACUUCUUUCCUUCAGAGGAGAGAGUCCCAGUCAGGCAGAGGGCGAUUUAUGGAAACGGUCCCUCUGUGCAUGGAAACAGAGGCUGCUUCUGGGAUAAAGAGGUGUCUGUCCUAAAAGGAGCUCCAGAAACUGUGCAGGAGCUUCUUAGUACCCUAGGUCUUCAAAAGUACACCUUGGGACUUAGCCUCAAUGGCUGGGAUGAUCUGGAUUAUUUCAGCGGGAUUACUGAGGAGGAUCUGUGUGCAGCAGGUGUAACAAAUCCCUCACACCGGCGAAGGAUCCUGGAAAACCUUCCCAGGAACUGGAACUGACAGAGAGAAAGUGGUUCAAAGCCAUCAUCCGUUCUGCUCUUAACUUGAACUGUAAUAAGUCUGCUCUGAUCUUAAUAAGCAUCAUGUUUGAUGGACCCUGUCCUCUUGUUAUGCACUUAGUUAAAACUGUAACACAUGGUUGUCAGUGCCAAAACAGAAAAAGAAGCAUAAUGCAUGAAGUACCUGUUGCACACAAUAAAACAUUAAUUUGCAGCAUAGAUAACAAGUUGAAGAAGUUGUAAUUAUAUUAAAGCCUCUAGGAAAUAGUAUAACCCAUUUUCCUGUUUUUCACGGUUCUUUCUAAGCCAGUGUUUGCUAUCAGUUUUCCAUUAUGUCAUUAUGUUUUUUUUUUUUUUGCUACCAUUGAGCCACAAUAGGUCAUUAGAAUAAAUCAAGAGAGCAUAGUUCCAUUAAUAUAGCUACCAGAAGACUGCCUGGAAACCUCUAGAAAAACCAUUCCAUCUCUUUAUAAUUUUGCUAUCAUGUCGCCUGAUCAGUAGCUGCGUCUACUGCGCAUGUUUAUAUAGCUCAUAAAGCAAUGCUUGACUGUCACCGAGCAAUAACGUGUCAUCUCCUGCUUUCAAGCAACAGCAAAAUAGAGUUAUCUCCUAUUUAUGGUCCUUAUUUUCCAUUUCAGAGCUCUAAUAAUAUCCUCCAUUAUGCUGCUAAUAUGUUUGAUCACUCUAACUAAAUGAUUUAGGGAAGCAAAGCCACAUACUGGUGAGUACAUCUGAUAUUGGUGAAAUGUGUCAAUAUUUAGAGAACAAUUAAGAGAUUUAGACUGAGGUUUGGAAAAUGACUCACAAGUCUGAGAAAUGAUACAGAUGUCCACAUCACCUUGUAUUCUCGCUUGUAUGUAAUAACAGACAACAGUGGGAAAAAAAGGUGAGACAGUUGAAAAUCCAGUCCCUAAAAAUAACCCCUGAAUAUUGUCUGUGCUUGGUGGUGUUUUGUGUGGGCAGCAUUCAGAGGAGGUAGUUACUUAUUAAGGCAGAGCCAAACAACUCUGCUGAAAGCAGGUAUGUGUCAGUGACCGCUGAGUCACAGCCCAUUUAACCAUGAGGGUAUCAUCUGUGGGAGUCAGGGGAAGCUUUGGCCAAGAUGUCAAGAAAUAUGUGACAGGUAUUCAGUUUUUCAACUGACUGAACGAUAUUUUGAUCCAUUUCAUUCUUUGUAAAAAUUUUGUAUAUUAGUCUGGAAAUAAUAGAAAACUUGUUAAAAAAAACUUCCAAGCAAUUGUUUUAAUUUAUUCACUCAGGUUUUUUUUUCAGGUUUCAGUUUCAAGGCAUGAAAAUCUUUCACAUGGCCUUUCGGCACAAUUUGUUGUUUUGUAUCCCAAAUUUCUCAUCAAUAUGGAAUUCAAAAUUGCUUGAAGCCUUCCAUGCUGAUUCUCAGGGCCGACUGUCCAGCAUGUUUUUGGGGUUUCCCCUACCUCCACACACCUGACUUACCGUCAAUAAUUGAGUGAUUAACAGACCCAUCAAGCUCUUGGAGGCUACUGAGGAGGAAAUGCUACUGUUUGAUUAUGAAAUCAUAAAACUAUUUAAAUCUGAUGACAAUAUUCGGGGGAGGUUAUUAUUACGUGCCGUUCUGAUGGUGAUAGAAAGCUUAGAAUGUGUGCAUGCCUGAAGUAGGGAGUCCUGAAUUCAAGUACCUUUCACACCUACAGGAUUGAUAUGAGUGCAAAUGCUGCUGCCUGAUUGGAUUGUGAUUACCAGAGUGGGAGUUGUGAGCUGACCUGAGCACAGACAACAGUUACGACUCAGUGCUCUGAAUGCUUUGACUUUGGCAGAUGUUGAAGGAAAGGGCAUUAGAGGCUUUAAGGAUAUGUUGACUGACAAAAGCUGGCAUUAGCUUUAGUUUUAGUGAUUACACUAGUUGGCUACAGCGUUAACCAGUGCAGUCAUCGCCGAUAUCCAGUAUUGAGAAGAAAGAACUGCUGCCUGUUGUAAUGCUGUAUCUUUUGUGCUGCCAACUUCAGCACACAGUUCUCAAACUAUUUAUGUAUUUAGCCUGGUGUGCAUUCCAGGCUAAAACAAGCUUGCUCAAUACAUGUCUUCUAUAUACUACACUCUGCUGUGCUUGGUCUGGAUUUACUGCCCUUAAGUGGCAUAAUCCAUCAAAAAUGAUAAAUUAUCAAUUUAUAUUCAUUUUUAACAGCCAAAUCCAAAGAUUAAAGACUUCUGUACAGUAUGUACACAAAAUACUUGUGUCAGUGUUUGUUAGUGUAGUUCACAAAUCUAACUACAUCUGUAUCAGAAAGCUAUUUGACUGUACAAAGAUCACUCAUCAUCUUCACAGGUGUGGCACAUUAAGAAACUGAUUAGACAGCAGUAUUAUAGCCUAGGUGGGGCUUAGAUUGGCAACAAUAAAAAGCCAAUGAGGGUCUUUAUCAGAAAAGUCAAUGUUGGCAUGCUGACCAUAAAAAUGUAUACCAAAGCCGUUGCUCAUAUGUUCUUUAAGUUAUUAAUGUCCAUCAGUCUAAUGUGUUUUGUAGAAUCAGACAGUAAAUCCAACCAGCCUGACAUUCAUAGACUUCAGGUAACCACACAAUCCCUCGACAUCCAGCAUGUUAAUUUGUAGUAGCAUCUGAAACAGCCCCCUGGACAUUUGCCUGGACAAAAUGUUUGCAUAAUCAAAGAAUUUCUUCAUUCCUACAGCCUAGGCCAUCUUGGCUGCAUGCUUUUUUUUCUCAUUGGGGUCUAAUUUGACUGCACAGUAGGAUAUAUCGUUGUUAAAAACUGCAGCAAGGUCAGAACUAGAGCAGUAGGGGGAAUGUUCAUACCACAUAUCGUUUUUUGAUGUGGACUAACAUUCUAAAGCGGGAAGUAGAUGUGUGCAAAGUUCUGCAUUGACACAAAAAUGACAUGUUGCCAAAACACAUUAUUGCCAUUAUUAAAUUCAUUAAGAACCUCAUAGUCCCGGUUAUCCAGAUUUUUUAUUUUUUUUGCCAUUGUGUUUUUAGUUUUAGUUUAAUUUCAUGAAGAUAGAGCCUUGCUAUAUUAAAUUGUGCCAGUCUGUGAAGACAUAAUUUUUUCUAUCUAAUGUUAUUCUGCACACAGACUCACUCUCUAUCAUGUGCUGCUGUAACAAGGCCUCCUUUGUGGCCAAAAAAACCACAGAAUUUUUUCCCACCUAAAUUUCAAAUGUGUUAAAUAUAGACGCAAAAACUGCAUCCACAGUCUGCUUCAGGUUUAAUAAAUGACUUAGUGUGGUAAAUAUUCACAUUUGCAUAUACUAAAUCCACUAUCUUGUGGACAAGUUGUUCAUUAGAAUAUGAUCUGCGUAUUCAGACAGGUAAUGGCCUGUCUGUAUAGGCAACAGACAUUUGGAAACAUUUGUUGCCAAAUGUAUAUGCAACAUUUCUUUGGCCCUUUUCUCAAGCUGAAAAAUAAAACACAUUAAAUGACAACAACUGUAGUU